AUGGCGGUCUAUGCAUGCCUGUAUGCAUCGUGGCUUUCAGCAGCAACUGCAUAUCAUCUUCCUAUGAGAAUGAAUCCGUCUUUUUUGUUGACAACUUUUGCCGCUUCUGUUCUGUUUCUUCUUGUCUUCCACUCCAUUUUUGAAGGCCUUCGCUACAUUUUUUCAAGCGAGAUUCAAAAGUGGCCAGACAAAUGGACCGUUCUCAAGCGUAUAUGGACCAUUCUUAAACUUUCUGCCGUAAGUCCUGGAGAGGCUGGUGUGAGUGUAGCCAGCUGCGUUUUUCUGCGUCACUGUAGAGAGAGACCACUUGCAAAAAGAAGCUUUAAGCAGUUAACAAUCAGUUGGCUGCCUGCGGGUUCACCGGAUGAAGUCUUUCAUGCCUUCUUGUUAUGGUCAGUUGUUAUAGGCAUUUACAUGGUCAAUUAUGUAGCCAAGAGGUUAUCAACGUCAGGGGAAGAAUCUACGAAGAAUAAGCAAAUGAAGCCUGACUUUUUAGAUAUGGUUCCCUGGUACUCAGGAACAUCAGCUGACCUAUACAAGACUGUUUUUGACCUCCUGGUAUCAGUAAAUGUCUUCCUAGGUCGCUUUGACAUGCGUAUAUUGCAGGCAGCAAUGAAUCAGGUUCAAGGUGUGCCAACAGAUAAAAAGAAGGCUCAAGAUGGAGUUCAACAAGGAAAUUCUGUUUAUGAUCCUUUUAGUAAAGAGGAAGAACUAUGGUUUGAUUUCAUGGCUGAUACUGGUGAUGGUGGGAACUCAACCUAUACUGUCGCACGCCUACUCGCUCAGCCUUCCAUUCGUUGCACUAAUUCAGAGCUUGACUUACGACGUGGAAAGUUACUACUCAUUGGAGGCGAUAUUGCGUAUCCUAAUCCGUCACAAAUCACAUAUGAAAGACGCCUCUUUCUUCCUUUCGAGUAUGCUCUUCAGCCACCACCGUGGUAUAAGGAAGACCAUAUGGCUGCUAGCAAGCCUGAGGUGCCUCAUAGGGUGUCAGAGUUCAUGCGUAAAAAAAAAUGCAACAAAACGAAAUACCAAGAACAAGCGAUGCCAUAUGAUGGCCCUAGAUGUUUUAUCAUUCCUGGAAACCACGAUUGGUUUGAUGGGCUUCAUACCUUUAUGAGGAAUAUAUGUUAUAGGAGCUGGUUGGGCGGGUGGUUUAUGCCUCAGAAAAAGAGUUAUUUCGCUUUGAAACUUCCUAAACGAUGGUGGGUAUUUGGUCUUGAUCUUGCACUCCUUGGUGAUAUCGAUGUCUACCAAUUUGAAUUCUUCUCAAAACUAGCAAGAAAAAGGGUUGGAAAGAAAGACUGUGUGAUCGUUAUUACGCACCAACCGGAUUGGCUUCUUAAUUGGUAUGAAAAUGGUGAUUCUAAAAAUAAUGUGUCAGACCUGAUAUGUAACAUUUUGAAAGAAAGGUGCAAGCUUCGAAUUGCCGGGGACAUUCAUCACUAUAUGCGCCACUCAAUUGCUGGUCAAUCGGAUGCUUCUGUUUCUUCUGAUCUGCCUGACAGAAAGCCUCGGGUUUAUGCACAACAUCUACUUGUCAAUGGUUGUGGCGGAGCGUAUGUCCAUCCCACCCAUGUCUUUCGUAAUUUUAGUAAAUCUCAUGGAGUUUCAUAUGAUUGCAAAGUCGAAUACCCUUCUUUCCAAACUUCAAGCAGGCUUGCGUUAAGAAAUAUUUGGAACUUCCGAAAGGAGAAUUGGCAGUUUGAUAAUGUUGGUGGCAUUAUAUACUUCAUAUUGGUAUUUUCUAUGUUCCCACAGUGUGAGCUCGGCCACAUCUUCCAAGUAGAUUCAAAUUCGGAUUUCUGGAGGAGUUUCUGUGGGACAGUGUGGAAUGCUUUUAUAUACAUGCUGGAGCACUCUUAUGUGUCUCUGGGAGGUGCUCUGCUACUGCUUACUAUGGCUAUUGCAUUUGUUCCCUCCAAAGUUUCAUGGAGGACACGGAUAGUGAUCGGAAUUCUCCAUGUUUUUGCGCACCUGACCGCAGCUCUAAUUCUUAUGCUGGUGUUGGAACUUGGUGUCGAGGCUUUUGUCCGCGAUGAAUUAUUGGCAACUUCAGGCUAUCACUCGUUAUACCGGCGGUACCAAUCAGUAGAAAGCAGAUACUUUCCAGUUUCAAAUGGCACUCGAGCUCGAGUAGAAGAAUGGACAUUUGGGCUUUAUCCAGGAUGUAUCAAGUAUCUCUUGUCUGCAUUUGAUGUGCCAGAGCUCAUGGCUGUGACGAGGAGCAACAUUUGCAAGAAUGGGAUGGAGUCUAUCUCUCGAUGGGGUGCCAUCAUAUAUUAUGCUUGUGUCUUCUUCUAUUUUUGGUUCUUAUCGACCCCAUUUGUUUCCUUUGUGUUUGGGAGCUACUUGUACGUCUGCAUCAAUUGGUUUAACUUGCACUAUGACGAGGCCUUCUCCUCUCUUAGAAUUGCUGAUUACAAGGCAUUUACGCGAUUUCAUAUCAAACACAAUGGUGAUCUUGAAGUUUUCACCCUUGCCGUUGAUAAGAUCCCAGAGGAGUGGACGCUGGAUCCUGAAUGUGAGAAAGAGCAACCAGAAGAGAACAAGUUGAGCCACGAGAGAAAGUUUCCGAGCAAAUGGAGGGCAGCCGCUCCGUAUCAGGACCCUUUAGACACUGUCAGGAUUAUUGACCAAUUCGUUAUUAGAAAAAAAGAUUAAAGAUAGGCCCGAUAGCAGGCAGCGCCAGCACAGCAGAAGACCAAAGCUAAUUUCUUUUUUAUUUUUAUUUUUUAUAUUUAUAUUUAUAACUUUUUCUUUUUCUUUUUCUUCUUAUAUUUUUUAAUUAAA